AUGUACCUGUGUAGACUACUAACAAUUGCGCUACACCAGGCGAUCUAUCUAUCUAUCUAUCUAUCUAUCUAUCUAUCUAUCUAUAUUGAUGGACGUCUCCUAUUUGCUAUCUAUCUAUCUAUCUAUCUAUCUAUGAAGGAGAAAUCAGAAAGUAAUAUAAAGAGAUGCUUAACUCCUGUCUUACUUUCUUUUCUUUAUUCUUCACCUAUCUAUCUCAUUCAUUUUAUCUAUCUAUCUAUCUAUCUAUCUAUCUAUCUAUCUAUCUAUCUAUCUAUCUAUCUCAUUCAUUUUAUCUAUCUAUCUAUUUCAUUCAUUUAUCUAUCUAUCUGUAGUGUCGGGGUUCUCCUUCUCUCUUUCUUGUCUUAUUCUUUGACUCCAACCAUUUCUCGCUUCAUCAAAGAUAGUUUUUUUUUUUUUCUUUUCUUUUAUAUCCAAUCUUAUCGUUUCAUUUUUUUUUCUUUUCUUUCCCAUCUUCAGGGUUCUUUUUCGUUUUUUUCUCACUUUUCCUCCUCCUCCUAUUUUACUUUCUCAGCAUAUCUUUAUUUAUUUAUCACUCCUCCUUCUUCACUGCUUAUUGUUUUUCUUUUCACUAUUUUAUUCUAUUUACUUAUCUCUCCUCAUGCAGAUGUCUUCUUUCUCUUCUCUCAUCAUCGCCGCCCUCUUCGCCUUGUAUUCUUCUCUUUCACUCUAAUCUCUAUAACAUUUUUUAUUUUCUCCCUCUCUCUCUCUCUCACUGUUUUAUUUUCUUUUAAAUUGUUUUUCUUUCUUCCAUGUUUUACAUCCUUUCUUUGUUUCUUUCUUUUUGCGUCAUUUCUGCUAAAUUUAUGUCAGUCUUAUUCAUUUAUUCCCUCAUUCUUUUUCUUUUGCGUCUUUCUUUUUCUUUUUCUGCUGAUAAUUUCUAUCAACCUCAUUUAUUUAUUCAUUCAUUCUUUUUUUUUUCAUGUUUAUUUCUUUCUUUUUUCAUACUUUCUGUGGAUUAAUUCUAUAAUUCUCAUUCAUUUAUCACUGCUUCUUUCUUUUUUUACUCACCUUCACUUUUUCAUUAAUUUUCUUUCAUUCUGUCUUUCCUCUUUCUUUCUUUCUUUCUUUCUUCUUUUUUUGUUUCUUUCUUUUCUUUUUACGUCAUUUCUGCUGAGAAUUUCUAUCAGUUUCAUUCUUUUUCCUUUUCAUGUUUUUUUUCUUUCUUCAACCUGUAUUGGUUUACAUUACAUUUCUUUCUUUCUUUCUUUCUUUCUUUCUUUCUUUCUUUCUUUCUUUCUUUCUUUGUCUUAUUAUCACAUGAUUUCUUCGCGUUUCUAA